AUGGCUGCGCCCGCGCUUCCUCUGGCGGCGCCGGCGUCGGCGCUGCAGCCGUGGCGCGAGCGGCUGCUAGCCUCCAAGGUGUUCAUGCGCUACGACUACGCGUGGAAGGAGGCCGAGUUCAAGCAGGCCGAGCACCGCAUCACGGGCAUCGGCUGCCGCUUACUGUACCUGCACGCGUCGUGGGUGGAGACGUACCAUCACUCUGCAUCUCCGUCCUCCCCCUCCUUGCCCAGAACCAAGGCUUACAUCGAGUGCAAUGGCUUCGUAGAGUUCCAGGAGCGGCUGAGCAAGGCCUGCGAGCUCAUGGGGUACGAGAUCGUGGCCGACCCGCUGGCCGCAGACUUGGUGUUUGUAUACGUGGCCCCUCCCGCCGAGCAGCGCAGCGACGCGGGCCAGUUUGAGACCUUCAAGAAGGUUGUGGAGCUCUCGAAGGACAAGGAACCGGACGAGAAGCCCAUGUUCUGCUUCCUACUGGGCGACGCGGACUUCCUGCCGCUGCCCAAGACGGAGGAGGACGAGAACAUGAGGAGCUUGAGCGACUUCGCCAUCUCCCAGGAGUUUGCGCCCAUCGCUAGCGACGCAGAGUACGGAUCGGUGGCCCAGUUCGCCGUGGAGUUUGUGCCCGAGAGUGCGGAGAACUUGAGUGAUGAGUUCAAGGAGGAGAAAACGCGGAAGCUCGACUCAUUGAUGAGCAGGUUCGGCUGCGUGGGGCAGAACCUCAUGCACCACACGGAGAAGUGGGAGUUCUAUGCGGCUAGUGAGAGCGUGUUCUGCCAUGGAGAGGACGACCCGAAGGGCGUGACCCACCCCAGUGAGGAGGACACCAUGUUCUGGUUCAAGGAGACCAAGGGCAAGACGUGCGACGAGUGCCACGCACCCAGUGAGAAGCUCUCCAAGUGUGCCAGGUGCCGUGAUGCGGUCUACUGCUCGAGGGACUGCCAGAAGGCGGCGUGGAAGCUGCACAAGCGGCUGUGUGGAAAGACCCCCGAGGAGAUCAGCGCCCCAAAUGACGCCAAGAAGAAGUAAAACGAAUACGCAAAACGUACUAAAGUAAUGCACAAAGGAGUAGAUGAUGCAUCC